CGAUUAUAGCAAUAAAUCGUUUGCUGAUCCAGAGUGAGCAAGUAACGACAACUGUGCGUGGAGCUUGGUUCAUAACAUCCGGUCGGCUGAUAAUUUCCUGUUCCGGUCAUCACCUGACAUCAGAUGACAGGAAAGGGAUCAAAGUGACAUUUGUGUGAUUGUUCGGUAAGAUACAGUUUUACAAUAAAGUCUACCAGACGCUGAGAGCACAUCAACAUGGGGGCUUUUUUCCGCAGUGAGGAGAUGACCCUGUGUCAGCUCUUCCUGCAGUCUGAUGCAGCCUACGCCUGCGUGUCUGAGCUGGGAGAAAUGGGCCUUGUGCAGUUUAAGGAUUUGAAUUCAGAUACAAAUGCUUUUCAACGGAAGUUUGUCAAUGAAAUCAUGAGAUGUGAAGAAAUGGAGAGGAAAUUAAGAUACAUUGAAAAGGAGCUAAAAAAGGACGAUAUGAAGGUUCCUGACUCGGAUUCCAAUCCGAAAGCACCUGCUCCAAAAGAGAUGAUUGAUCUAGAGGCAACCUUUGAGAAGAUUGAGUCUGAGUUACGUGAAGUGAACACAAAUGCUGAGGCACUGAAGAAGAACUUCCAGGAACUCACUGAGCUCAAGGAAGUGCUCACCAAGACCCAGGUCUUCUUUCGGGAGUAUGGAUCAGUGGGCGGUGAGCAAUCAGGACUUAAUGUGAUUGAGGAUGCACAGAAUGCACUGGUUCAGGAGGAGAGGGGAGGCACUGCAGUCCAGCUUGGGUUCAUAGCUGGUGUGAUCCCCCGUGAGAAGGUGCCUGCCUUCGAGAGGAUGCUGUGGUUUGCCUGCCGUGGCAAUGUCUUCCUGCGCUAUGAUGAGAUCACACAGGCCCUUGAGGAUCCUCACACUGGUGACGAGGUCCACAAGGGCGUGUUCAUCGUUUUCUUUCAAGGGGAGCAACUUAAGUCUCGAGUCAGGAAGAUCUGUGAAGGGUUUCGUGCCACUUUGUACCCAUGUCCUGAGACUGCCCAGGAGCGACAGGAGAUGUUGAAGGGAGUGAACACACGCCUUGAGGACCUCACCAUUGUGUUAAAGCAGACAAAGGACCACAGACACCGUGUGCUGGUCAGUGCCCAGAAGGAGAUCCACAACUGGAUCAUCAAGGUGAAGAAGAUCAAGGCUAUCUACCACACGCUGAACAUGUGCAACUUUGAACACUCCCGUAACAACCUGAUAGCCGAGUGCUGGACGCCUGUCAAGGUGCUGGACCAGGUGCAGGAUGCCCUUCGACAUGGUCAGGAGAUGAGUGGUAGCAGUGUGCCCAACAUCCUGCACCGUAUGAAGUGUAAGGAAACACCCCCGACCUACUUCACGACCAACAAGUUUACAAAGAUCUUCCAGAGCAUUGUGCACUCGUACGGAGUUGCCGGAUACAGGGAAGUUAACCCAGCCCUGUACACGAUCAUCUCCUUCCCGUUCCUGUUUGCGGUGAUGUUUGGAGACACUGGGCACGGGUUUAUCAUGUUCCUCUUUGGCCUGUGGCUGGUUGUCUGCGAGAAAUCACUGACGUCUUCCAAAAACAGCAAUGAGAUCUUCAAGAUGAUGGUGGGUGGUCGCUACAUCAUUCUCCUCAUGGGUCUGUUCUCCCUCUACACGGGUGUCAUCUACAACGACUUCUUCGCCAAGUCUAUCAACCUGUUUGGCACCUCUUGGAAGUUCAACUACACGCAGACGACCUUGGAUAGCUCGCAUUCCAUCCAGAUGAAACCAGAGGACAUGUUUGAUAAUGUGACAAAGAGUGCCUACCCACUUGGUCUGGAUCCUAUCUGGCAGGCCAGUAUCAACAAGAUCACGUUCACCAACUCGUUCAAGAUGAAGCUGUCCGUCAUCCUAGGUGUCUCCCAGAUGUUGAUGGGUGUCUUCCUCAGCAUCUUCAACCACAUACACUUCCGUCACUACGUGUACAUCCUGGUACAGUUCAUCCCGGAGGUCCUGUUCAUGCUGUGUAUCUUUGGCUACCUCAUUGCGCUCAUCUUUGUCAAGUGGAUCACGUACAACGCCCACUGUGCCUCCUGCACCCCCUCCAUCCUCAUCCACUUCAUCAACAUGUUUCUGAUGAAGUACACAAAGCCGAACAUGACAGAGGCGUACAAUUGUGACAUGAUGUCGCCCACCGGCCCCUACGUGCAGAAACAGCUGGGGUGCGACUCCCAGACCAUCUUCUACCCCCACCAGCAGGAGAUCCAGACUGCUCUUAUCCUGGUUGCCCUGCUCUGUAUACCAAUACUGCUCCUCGCUAAGCCCUUCAUCCUGCGAGCCCAGCACAACGCCAAGAUGAGGAUGGCCGAUGGAAGGAAGCAGGCACUUGGAGCCACCUCGCACGAGCAACUUGUUAACAACGAGGAACUGGAAGGUCAUGAGUUGAAAAGCGGUGAAAAUGGUAAAACUGGCAUAGAGAUGGCGGGUGUGAGCAGCAGUCACGUUGCAGUGGCGGUCUCCAUCAAUGGAGGGACGGGCCAGACUGCAGUCACCAUGGACGAGCAUGAGGAGGAGGAGGAGAAGUUUGACUUUGGCGAGCUGUUUGUGGGUCAGGCUAUCCACACCAUUGAGUACUGCCUUGGUUGUGUGUCCCACACCGCCUCCUACCUGCGACUCUGGGCCCUCAGUCUUGCCCACGCACAGCUGUCCGAGGUGCUGUGGGGCAUGCUGUUCCGUGCGGGCCUGAAGAUGGAUGCUCCCUACUGGGGUGGUAUUAUUGUCUGGGCCGUGUUUGGUGCCUUUGCGGUCCUCACUGUCUGUGUACUGCUGGUCAUGGAGGGGCUCUCUGCUUUCCUGCAUACCUUGCGUCUACACUGGGUGGAGUUCCAGAGCAAGUUCUACCAUGGAGACGGUUACCUGUUUGAUCCGUUCAAUUUCAAGGAGCAGAUGGACCCCACCUUGGAGGACAAGUAGACGGACCACCACUGGGGAAAACUACAUCUAGCCAAGGACUUCAUACAUUAUAGAGCUACAUAUAACCAGGAUAUGUGACAAAAACGUCAGUGAAUUUUAUCAGGGGAAAAAACUUCAGUGAGAAAUAUCAGACUUAGAGUGAAUCUAGCCCAAUAGCUUGGAAACUGUGUUAUGGAAUUAUGCAUUGUCACCAAGUGCCUUGUACAACUUGUGUAGGCUACACAAAUGUUAUUGUUACUUCAUUUUAAUUGAAUGCUUGCAAAGAAACUUAAGUUGUUAUUUUAAUAAUCCAGAUUGAUUUAUAUAGAAUCCAAUUUAUAAUUUUGCUAAAAUAUGUUAACACCAAUAUUUUUUCAAUGUUUAAAACAAAACGAAUUUGUGGAUGUCUUCCAAUUAUUUUUUGAAAAUGAAAACAUUCCAUUUUAAAUUUUAGUGUCAUUGUUUCUUUUGUUUUAUAUAGAGAAAUGUUACAAACUUCACUGAAAUUUUAGGAAAAGAUUCAUGACUUAAAGACAAAGAAUAACAAGGAGGUUCAAAUGACAACUUUAUCUCCUGUUGAGAUUCUUUUGACCUUGAAGAGGUGACCUUGACUUUCAGUCGUCUUGAUUGAAAUUGACUCAUAACUUCUGAAUAUAAUCUCAAGGACAUUAACAGCAGUAGAAAUUUCCGUAAUAUAAUUAUUGGAAAUAUGAAGCAUAUAUGAAAACUAAAUGUACACUCAUUUUACAAUGUCGUAACAUUUUUAGCUCACCUGAGCACAACGUGCUCAUGGUGAGCUUUUGUGAUUGCUUUUUGUCCGUCGUCCGUUGUGCUGCGUCAACAUUUGCCUUGUUAACUCUCUAUAGGCCACAUUUAUUGUCCAAUCUUCAUGAAAUUUGGUCAGAAGAUUGGGUUCAAUGAUAUCUUGAAUGAGUUCAAAAAUAAUUACGUUUGCUUGAAAAACAUGGCUGCCAAGGGGUAGGGCAUUUUUCCUUAUAUGGCUAUAGUAAAAUCUUGUUAACACUCUAGAGGCCACAUUUAUUGUCUGAUCUUCAUAAAACUUGGUCAGAAGAUUCAUUCCAAUAAUAUCUUGGAUGAGUUCGAAAAUGAUGCUGGCUGGUUGAAAAACAUGGCCGCCAGGGGCAUUUUUCCUUAUAUGGCUAUAGUAAAACAUUGUUAACACUCUAGAGGCCACAUUUAUUUUCCAAUCUUCAUGAAACUUGCUGAGAAGAUUUGUCCCACUGAUAUCUUGGAUGAAUUCAAAAAUGGUAACCUUUGCUUGAAAAACAUGGCUGCCAAGGGGCGGGGCAUUUUUCCUUGUAUGGCUUUAUAUGGUUAUAGUAAAACCUUGUUAACACUCUAGAGGCCACAUUUAUUUUCCGAUCUUCAUGAAACUUGGUCAGAAGAUUUGUCCCAAUAAUAUCUUGUUAUCUCAGGUGAGCGACUUUGGGCCUUUCAGGCCCUCUUGUUGUAUUGUGUGGUGCUUAAAAUUAGAUUGUCAUUUAGCAUAUUGAAGAUAUUGCAUGAGAAACAUGCAGACUAUAGCGCUUAAUGACAAUUAAUUUUACUACUUAAUUAGUUCCUUUCCAUGAAGAACACAAAACCUUCGCUUCAGUACCCUGAAUGUUCUUUCAAUAACAUUUCUGGCGUCUUAAAAGUGUCGUCAUGCUUGAUUUUGUCCAGUGUAAUCCUUAAUCAUUGACGUAUCACUUUAGGGACCGUAAAUCUGUCAAAUAGUUGAAUUUGUCUAAGUCAAAUACAUUGCUUUUUUUUUUAAAACGUGCACCUGUUUUGUUUUCUUAAAAUCGCUUACCAAAACUAUAUACUUCAAAAGAUAAAGUGUUUUGUAUGAUAAUUGUUAUCAUAAUAAAAAAAAAAAGCUACA